GGGACCGCUGGUUUCUUGCCUCCAGAGCAGCGGCAAGUAGGCAUGGUGUCUUGGCGCUUGCUUGUUCCCCUGCUCCUCUACUUCAUCCUGGACUUGAACAAAGAAGGUUGCCAAGCAGAGAUGCUUCAGCAGGUUUUCCGCGUGGAGCCAGAUAAUGUCACCAUCCCAGAAGGGGAGACAGCUCUGCUGAAGUGUGAGGUGGAAAACCCCUCUGGCAUUGUGCAGUGGGUGAAGGAUGGGCUUUUGCUGGGCCCCAACCAGAACAUCCCUCGGUUCCCCCGUUACAGCAUGGUGGGUGAGGUUAGCAAAGGGAUGUAUAACCUGCAAGUAAUAAAGAGCCAGCUGGAAGAUGAUGCCUUGUAUGAAUGCCAGGUUGGACCCUCAGAGAAAAGUAGUGGCAUAAUUUCCCGUAGAGUCCAACUGACAGUGCUUGUUCCCCCUAAAAGGCCACUUUUUGUAGAGUAUGAGGCUAACAGCACGGUGACCUGGAUUGCUGGCACCGAAUAUGCCCUGCGCUGCCAAGUGAAAGAUGCCCGGCCACCGGCUGAGAUCACCUUCUGCAAAGUUGACAAAGAACUGGCAGAUGUGACAUCUGCUAUUCAACCUGGUUCUGCAGACAACCUCUUCAGCACCGAGGCCAUGCUGAGGAUCACCCCCCAGAGUUCAGACAACAAGCAACUGUUGACCUGCAGAGCUGCAAACCCGGUGACUUUAAUACCAGUCAUUGUCAGUUUCACCAUGAACAUCCUGUUCCCACCUCAGCUGCCUGUAAUCAAGGGCUAUGUUGGACCUGUUGUAAAGAAUAAGGAGGAACUAAAACUGACCUGCAUUUCUCCAAGUGGGAAUCCUCUUGCUACAUUGCAGUGGCUGAAGAAUGAUGAAGUCAUCUCCAGGAACUGGGAGACAGAUGAUGCCAACCAAUUGUCCCGAAGUUUCCUGAACCUGGAAAUCACCCCAGAAGACAACAUGGCUGUAGUGAGCUGUCAGGCCCUGAACCAAGUUUUAUCUCUGCCCUUGCAGUCCAGCAUUGUUCUGAAAGUUGUCUUUCCCCCUGAACAGGUGAAAAUCACAGGCACCAGCAGCACUCAAGAAAACCGAGAGAUCUCCCUGUCCUGUUCUACCUCCACAAGCAAUCCACCUGUGAUGCUACGCUGGUGGCUGGGAUGGAGGGAACUCAAUGCUACUGAAGCCACAGUUUCAGAGGCUGAGUAUGGAGGAAUGGUCACUGUAUCUAAUCUGACAUAUGUGGCGUAUCGAGAGGACAAUGGGCUGCCCCUGAUCUGUGAAGCCUUCAAUGAAGCCAUCAUGUACACCAAGAGUGCUUCUCUCACUCUCAGAGUAACAUAUCCACCCCAGAAAAUAUGGGUUGAUGUGCCACCACCAGAGACAAACUUUCGAGCUGGCACUGAAAUCAAACUCACUUGUUUUGCCAGUGGUGGGAAUCCUUUGCCUCGUCUUGAGUGGUACAAGGUGACAUGUACACUUGGUGGAGGAAUACGUGUACAGCAGCAGCCAUCUCCUCAGCAAAGUGCACUUUCAAAGCGUUGCCCGGGCAAGCAAGAGAUCAAGUUAGUAAGGGAAGGAACAUCUUCAGCCUCAUCUGGGAAUAUUAUUUCCAAGGAGUUGGUCUUGACUACUACUCCCAGUGACAACAUGGCAACCUACCGUUGCAAUGCCACUGGUCCUCCCAGGACUCCAGCACUCACUGCACAUACUAGUUUGCUGGUCCAAUUUUCACCUCUGCAUGCAACGAUUACAGCGGAAGCUGGAAAGGUGAGACGUGGCCAAUCGGUGACCCUGACCUGCAAAUCAGGCAGCAGCAACCCUCCUGCUGGUCUCACUUGGCUCAAAGAUGGCAAAAGGCUGAAUGCCAUUAAUUUAGGGCAAAGAAAAGCAGAAUAUGGAGGUUUCUCCACAUCAGAAAGGGUGACUCUGGUAGUGUCAUCUGCAGAUCAUGGAAAAAGGGUGGAAUGCCAUGCCUACAGCUCUGUUCUCUCUGAAGGUGUGAAUACCUUCUACCAGCUUACUGUCCUAUUUCCUCCAGAGUUCUCCCCUGAGCAGACCCUCCUAGUGCAAGCUGUGGAGCAUGGGUCUGCCCAGUUACCCCUUUUGGUUUCUGCCAGCCCUCCUGAGAUUACCUAUCACUGGAGCUUCCUUGGAGAGGUGGUCUUAACAGAAGGUUCCCCACGGUACCACUUGCGGGAUGGUGGAUCUCUGGAGAUCUGGAAUGUGACUCGAGCUGAUGCCGGCAAAUACAAGAUACACUGUGAGAAUGCAGAAGGGCAAAAUGAAACAAGCAUCACCUUGGAUGUGCACUAUUCACCAUCUAUCCACAGCAUUGCAGAUCCAACUUACGUGGACCUGGGGGGCACAGCUGAAAUUGUGUGCCAGGCUGAUGCCAACCCUACACCAAAGUUCCAGUGGAGGUGGCUGGGUGAUUUGGAGCGCAGCCUGGAAGAUCUGGGCAUUGAACUAUUGUCUGAAGGAUUGGUGGGCAGCCUGAAGGUCCAGGGAGCCCAACGAACUCAUGCUGGACUUUAUGAGUGCCAAGUAGAUAAUGGCAUCUCCCCAGCAGCAAGGAGCAGUGCUCGUUUGAUUGUGCGGUAUGCACCAGAAAUCAUUAAGGGCCCUGGGCAGAGGAAAGUGGCAGCUUCGGGGGAUGGAAGAAGUCAAGCUGUGCUUCAGUGCAGUGCUCAGGGGGUGCCCAGUGUGCACUUCAGCUGGGCGAAGAAUGGGGUCUCCCUCGAUCUCCAAAGCCCCAGGUAUGCUGUGGUUACAAGCUAUGAGGAUUCUUUACACACCAGCACCUUAACCAUUGCCAACGUGAGCGCACUGCUGGACUAUGCCACCUUCACCUGCACGGCCAACAAUGACCUGGGCACAGAUGCCCUUGACAUUCAGCUACUAAGUACUAGUCGUCCUGACCCACCAACAGGGUUCAAGGUUGUCGGUGUAGCUCAUAAUUGGCUGGCUUUGGAGUGGAUCCCAGGUUUUGAUGGAGGGCUCCAGCAAAGCUUUCGUGUCAGAUAUCACUGGCUGGGGGCUCCCAGCUUUCAGUAUGUGGAUGUCUUUCCACCACAGUCUCCAACAUUUACAUUGAUUGGCUUGCAGCCAAACACAUCCUAUAACGUCUCUGUAAAUGCACGCAAUGCUCUUGGAGAGAGUGAUUUUGCUGAUGGGGGUACAGGGCUGAGCAUCACCACAGAAGAGAGAAUGGAAACACCAAUUGACAGGGAGCCGGAGAUCCCAUUCUCACCUGAACCAGAAAGUUCCAUAUUGCCACUUCCCCUUGUUGGGCUUCUCGGUGGUCUAGGAGGGCUUCUGAUAGUUUCCAACUUGUUUUUGCUUGGUUGCCUAAUCUUCAGAAAAAGAGCCCAAGUUCCCAAAGGAGACGGGAUAGAAGGAUCAACCAGGUGA